AUGUCUGCUGCCAAGGGGCAUUACACGAACCCGACCAUCGACGACGACGACUUGAUUGAUCCCGAUGAUGCUGACCUCAACGACUUUGAUGACCCUCUCGCGCCUUCCAGCUCCCGCGCGCCGCUGACGGGCAACAUUGGCUCGUCGUCACGACCCCUCGACCAGAGCUACCUGACCGCACGAAUCCCCGGCGAAGACCGAAGCGCCUCGCAGAAUACGAUUGACGAGACCGUCUGGGAGACGGUGCGCCGCGACCUGCUGGCCGUCUGGGCCAAGCUGCGCGAGGUGCUGUACCCGCGCUACCUCCUGGGCGGCACCAUGUUUGACGGCGAGAGCGGCUUCCGCGGCGCGUACUCGAAUAUCCGCGGCGCUGGCAUCACGGGGACACGCGAGGAGCUCACGGGCCUGGCAAGUCGCGUUAUGGACCCCGAGGCGCUGCUGGGCAGUUCGUUGAGCCCUGGCCUGCGCGACUGGGAUCUCUGGGGGCCGCUCAUCUUUUGCCUGCUGCUGAGUCUUCUUUUGAGCUUUUCGGCUCGCCCAGAGCAAAAGGAUGCCGUGUUUAGUGGUGUCUUUGCCAUGAUUUGGCUCGGCGAGGCGGUUGUCACUCUCCAGAUUAGACUGCUCGGUGGGAGCAUUUCUUUUGCGCAAAGCGUGUGCAUUAUCGGGUACACACUAUUCCCGCUUGUGAUUGCAGCGCUCCUGUCUGCUCUGCACCUUCACUGGAUUGCUCGCAUCCCCGUCUUCAUCGUCCUCAUUCUGUGGUCCCUGGCGGCCGGUGUCAGCAUUUUGGGUGGGAGCGGUGUUGUGCAUAACCGCUUGGUCAUUGCUCUAUACCCUCUCUUCAUUUUCUAUGUCGGCCUGGGUGCGCUUUGCUUCAUGAGUUGA